AUGGCCAAAAACGAAGAUCUCAUACUCACAAUAGACAGUGAUGCUGAAUACGACAAUAUAUCAGAAUCAUCUGAAGAGGAAGCAGAGGAAGCAGUUUCUGUAAAGUCCAAAAAGAAGAAUAACAACAACAACAACAACAAGAAAAGCAAAGCCGGUAAACAUGGUAAAGCCAAUUUAGAAGAAGCAGAAGCAGAAGAAGACGAUGAUGAGGCAAGGGGAGAAAUGAAUCUUGAUUUUCAAUUUUCUCUUGGCGACGACCUUAAUGAGAUCAAAGAUUGGGAAGUUGAAGAGCCUGCAAAAGAUAUCGACUUGAAUGAAAUUAUCAAAAAGAAAAGAGAAAGUAAGAAAGAUGGAAAUGGCGACGAUGAGGAAGAUGAUGGAGAUGAAGAUGAAGAUGCCUCAGAGUCAGAAGAAGAUGACGAAAAAGAGGAAUUGAAAGCAGCAGGAAAAAAUGGUCAAGCAGGAGAUGACGACGAAGACGAAAACGAAGACGAAGACGAAGAAGAGGAAGUUGAUACUAAAGAAGAUCUUGAUAAUUUUUACGAAUCACAAGAAACAAACACCAGUGCAUCAGCACUCAAGAGCAAGACAUUCCAAGAACUUCAGCUUUCGCGACCCAUCUUGAAAUCUCUCCAACAAUUGGGAUUUACCGUUCCAACCCCAGUACAAGCAUCUACUAUCCCCAUAGCAUUAUUAGGUAAAGAUAUCGUGGCUAGUGCACAAACUGGUAGUGGUAAGACUGCUGCAUAUCUAAUUCCCAUUAUUGAAAGACUUCUUUAUGUAAAAAACUCCACCUCGACAAAGGCAAUCAUAUUAACACCAACAAGAGAAUUGGCGAUCCAAGUUCAUGAUGUUGGUCGUAAGUUAGGACAGUUUGUUUCUAACUUGAACUUUGGAAUGGCUGUUGGUGGUUUAAGUCUUAAGCAACAAGAACAACAAUUGAAAACACGGCCCGAUAUUGUUAUUGCUACGCCUGGUAGAUUAAUUGAUCAUAUACGUAACAGUCCGAGUUUUUCUGUUGAAGAUGUGCAAGUAUUGAUUAUUGAUGAAGCCGAUAGAAUGCUUGAGGAAGGUUUCCAAGAGGAAUUAACGGAAAUCCUUUCACUCAUCCCCAAACAAAAACGUCAAACUUUGUUGUUUUCGGCCACUAUGAACAACACCAAGAUUCAGGAUCUUGUACAAUUAUCAUUGAAUAAACCCAUCAAAGUUUCAAUUGAUCCUCCAAGAACAGUUGCGUCAAAAUUGGAACAACAAUUUGUAAGAAUUAGGAAAAGGGAAGAGCUCAAGCCAGCAGUAUUGUACUUGCUCCUCAAGAAGCUUGAAGGUCGUACCGUUGUAUUUACAAGAACCAAAGUUGAGGCGCACAAACUCCGUAUUAUAUUGGGUCUUCUAGGGUUAACAGUGGCAGAGCUUCAUGGUGCAUUAACCCAAGAGCAACGUCUUGCCAACGUCAAGGCUUUUAAAAACAACGUUAAUGUGUUAAUAUGUACUGAUCUUGCCGCUAGAGGUUUAGAUAUCCGAAUCGAAUAUGUGAUAAACUACGAUAUGCCAAAAACCUAUGAAAUAUAUACCCAUAGAGUGGGUCGUACUGCAAGAGCAGGAAGAAAAGGUACCUCGAUUUCGUUUGUUGGUGAAAGUAUGCAAGAUCGUAAUAUCGUAAAGAAUGCCAUCCAAUUCAACUCGCGGUCUGUGGCAAGGAAAAUCGAUUGGGACGAGGUGGAGAAAAUCCAAACCAAGAUUAAACUGAAUGAGGGAGCAAUCGAAGAAGUGAUUGAAGAAGAGAAACAAGCUAGGGAAAUCAUGAGAGCCGAGAUGCAAUUGAACAAGGCAGAGAAUUUGAUGAAGUACGAAAAGGAGAUCAAGUCAAGACCUAAGAGGACAUGGUUCAAGAGUGAAGUAAUGGAACAUUUGACCAAGCAUGGUAAGAAAGUAAAUGCCAAGAAAAGAAAGGCAAAUGAGGAAAGAAAAGAAGAAGGUAAAGAGAGAUCGUAUAAAAAGACAAAGGCAGAUAGAACCAAGCUGAAAACAAAGGCAAAAUCAUCAAGUAAGAAAAGAAAGUAG